AUGGUGAUUGGUGGCGACGGAUACUGCGGCUGGGCGACGGCGCUGCACCUAUCAGAGCAAGGCUAUGACGUGUCCAUCGUGGACAAUCUCAGCCGUCGGUUGUUUGACGAGCAGCUCGGAUCGCAGACCUUGACGCCGAUCGCAUCCAUCCACGAUCGCGUGCGACGCUGGCGAGAGAUCACGGGGAAAACGAUCGCACUGUACAUCGGCGACGUGUGCGACUUCGAAUUCCUCGCAGACGCGUUCCAGACGUUCGAGCCGACGGCCGUGGUGCACUUCGGUGAGCAGCGGUCGGCGCCCUACUCGAUGAUCGAUCGCAACCGCGCGGUUUUCACGCAGCAUAAUAACGUCAUCGGUACUAUCAAUGUUAUGUUCGCGAUUAAGGAAUUCGCUCCCGAGUGCCAUCUGGUGAAGCUGGGGACGAUGGGCGAGUACGGAACGCCGAACAUUGACAUUGAGGAGGGCUUCAUUACAAUCACACACAACGGCAGGACGGACACGCUGCCGUACCCGAAACAAGCCAGCUCCUUUUAUCACCUCAGCAAGGUGCACGAUUCGCACAACAUCGCGUUCGCGUGCAAGGCGUGGAACAUGCGCGCGACGGAUCUGAACCAGGGCGUGGUGUACGGCGUCGCGACGCCCGAGACGGAGAAAGACGUCAUGCUCAUCAAUAGGCUGGACUAUGACGGCGUCUUCGGCACCGCUCUCAACCGAUUUGUAGUCCAGGCGGCUGUGGGGCACCCGCUGACCAUCUACGGCAAGGGCGGCCAGGUGAGGGGUUGCUCCCGUAUGGUCCCCUUUCGCUGGCCCCCUCGUCCGUCCCCUCUCCGCGCCCUCCCGUUUCCAUUGUACCCUUGUCCCCGCACACCCGCUUGUAUCUGGGAAUCCAACCCGGCCAACCCCGCCAAGCCGGGCGAGUUCCGCGUGUUGAUCCAGUUCACGGAGCAGUUCUCUGUGCGGGACCUGGCAAGUGUUAAACCAGAAUCUCUCUCCCCUGCCGCCCCUCCACUUUCUCUUCCACAGACGUGCGGGUACCUUGAUAUUCGUGACACAGUGCGGUGCGUUGAGCUGGCAAUUGCGAACCCCGCCAAGCUGGGCGAGUUCCGCGUGCUCAACCAGUUCACAGAGCAGUUCUCUACCCGCGGAUACUUGGACAUCCGUGAUACGGUGCGGUGCGUUGAGCUAGCAAUUGCUAACCCGGCAAAGCUGGGCGAGUUCCGCGUGUUCAACCAGUUUACAGAGCAGUUCUCUGUGCGGGACCUGGCAAGACUGGUGACGGCUGCAGGGGAGAAGAUGGGCAUUGAAGUGAAAUCUAUCAACGUGCCCAACCCUCGUGUUGAGCCUGCAGCUGCUCUUCCUUGCUGUCACAACUGCCCUCCCUUUUCAUUCUUCCUUUCCAUCCCUGGAAUCGCGACACUCCCUCUCCGCCCCAUGUCCCACCAGGCGGAGGAGCACUAUUACAACGCCAAGCGCACCAAGUUGCUGGAGCUGGGGCUGCAGCUGCACUUUCUGUCCAACACACUCCUCGACCCCCUUCUCACUUGCAAACCCAUGUAUUUCCCUCUCCACCACUCUCUACCCCUUUCUAUCCCAGGCGGAGGAGCACUAUUACAAUGCCAAGCGCACCAAGCUGCUGGAGCUGGGCCUGCAGCCGCACUUCCUGGGAGACGCUCUUCUCGACUCGCUGCUCAACUUGCUAACCUAUUCAUCCCUUUUUACCGCUUUGUACCCUGUUGUUUCCAACCCACACCCCACCAGGCGGAGGAGCACUAUUACAACGCCAAGCGCACCAAGCUGCUGGAGCUUGGGCUGCAGCCGCACUUCCUGGGAGACGCUCUGCUCGACAAUUGCUCAACCCUUUCCCAUUCUACCGCUUUGUACCCCUUCCUAUCCCAUACUCACCAGGCGGAGGAGCACUAUUACAACGCCAAGCGCACCAAGCUCCUUGAGCUUGGGCUGCAGCCGCACUUCCUGGGGGACGCUCUGCUCGACUCGCUGCUCAACUUCGCCGUGAUCUACAAGGACCGCGUCGACGCCAAUCAGAUCAUGCCAGCUGUCUCGUGGAAGAAGAUCGGGGUCAAGCCCAAGUCGUCAGUCACUACCACACCUGCGCAGUAG